AUGCUCCUUGAUGUUCUGCAGAACCUGCGGGCUGCCCUGACACCGUCGGCUGUUCUUGGCGGCCUGGCCGUCCUGCUGCUCCUCCUCGGUUCCGCGGCCGCCGGCGUCGUAUGCACCGGGCGCAACUACGCCCUUGGCCGGGAAUUGCGACAGCUCAGACGCAUCGGCGUCGCGCCGGGCCAAAGCAACAUGCGCGACCAGUACGACGCCCAGUAUGACCUGCCGCCGGGAGCCAGCGCCAGCCGUCCCAUCCGCAUCAAGGCCAUCUACAUCCACCCCGUCAAGUCGUUUGCGCCCAUCGAGGUGGAUCGCGCCCUGCUCACCAAGUCUGGCUUCAUGCAUGAUCGAUGCUUCGCCAUAGCCGCCGAGGUGGUCGAGCCCGAUGUCGACACUGGCGCCCGGAAGACGUUUUGGCGGUUUAUAAGCCAGCGCACCAAGCCGGCCAUGUCUCUCGUCAAGACGGAGCUCUGGCUACCGCACCCGGGCAGCGACCCCAACCACGAGCUGGUGCGCUCGGGAGGAUGCGUCGUCGUCCGGUUUCCCGACCCCGAACCUCCGUCCUGGCUGCGCUGGCUCGAGGCCCUUCUCUACACGUGGAAUCCGGCCACGGCGCCCGACGUCUGCUUCAUUGCUCCCUUGAACCUGCCCACCCAUCAUGUGGACAAGGUGCCCUUGCGGCCGUUUGUCAUCCACGGCCGCACGGCGCAAGGCAUCGACAUGGGCGUCGUGCCCUCUGUCGCGGCAGCGCUUCCCAAGCUGAAGAAGUUUCUCAAGAUGGCAGACUCGACCCCCUUCACCCUCUUCAAGUGCACGCCCGACACGCUGGUCCGCACGACAAGGAACCUCGCGCCCCUCAAGUACAUUGGCUCUCCCGCCGUCCACGGCUACACCGACCAACAGCCCGUCAACGUGGCCAGCCUGUCGUCGGUCCAUGACUUCGCCCGCCUGCUCCCCAGGGAGAACCAGCCUCUGAAUGCGCUGCGCUUCCGGGCCAACGUCUGGAUCACGGGGGCGCCGGCCUACGACGAGGAGACCUGGAAGCGCUGCCGUAUUGUGCCGAGGAGUGCCGGUGGUCCCGAUGCGCCCCGGCGCGCGCGUGUAGAUGCAGUCCUGUGCGUCGUGUGCCGCACGUCGAGGUGCACGAUGCCCAAUGUCGACCCGGGCAGGGGCGUCUUUGAUACCGACGAGCCCGCUGCGGACAAGAAAAGGGGCAGGCCGCAGCCGAGCACGGCGCUGAUUCAGCACCGCACAGUCGAGGCUGGGAACAAUGCUGCCAUGGGAUACAUGGGCAUGCACUGUGUGCCCGAGGACCGCAGCUUGCACGAGGCCCAGGAGCAGAAUGCAGGGCUGUAUGUUGGCGUCGGCGAUGAGAUUCAGGUCUUGGACCGAGGGGAGCACUUGUACGGGUCGACGGGGGAUGACUACUAA